AAUUCGCACCGCAUUAAAUCUCCGCGAGUCGAACAGUGCGCAUCUUGGAGGAUCUUCUCCCGACCUUGUGAUUUUUCUAGUUGUGAUAGUUUUAGCGUACGUGAGCAGUUCUGUGCGGUGCGGCGUUAGUGAUAAACGAAUCAUAAGCAGUGAUUUUCUGUGUGUACAAAAAAUGAAAUACCUAGGUGCAUUACUCGGUGUCGUCGUUUUGGCCGUCGCUGCCAGCGCAGAGUUCGGCUACUACAUCCCGAAGGCGUUCUACAAAAUCGACGAAAAUGGCUACCGAUCGCCGCUGACCUACAUCGAUAAUCUGCCGCCAAUGUUCCACCGCACGAGGAGGGCCGCUCAGCUGGGAGGAGUAAACUUUGGAUUCCCGAUCCAGUUCCCGCAAUUCCCGCAGAUACCCACCAACGGUCAGGGUAGCUUCCAGGGUGUACAGACGACCAUCACCAGCAGUGGAGGUGGCAGUAAUUUGCACAACCGCUUCGACGAGGAGGGUCCAGCGGUGCAAACCACGUUCACCUCUUUCAGCAGCAACAACGGUCAUACCUCGCAGACCACGCACUUUGUGGACAAGGACGGCAAGGUUACGACCCACAAGCAAGAGUCCGGUCCGUCCACGCACCAGCAGCAGCAACAGCAAAAUCAACAGUCGUCUUCAUCCCAGAAGACACAAAACUAAGAAAAAAAAAAAACAAAACGGCUCUAGUUAGAAAGUUGAGCCAUUAGCAGCUAGACGCGGGGAACAAAGAUACAAAAGACAGGAAAAAAACAAACGUUAAUUUUUUUAACACCAUCCACAAAUGAUUUCAGCCUGCCGUCGCGCCAGGGGAAUCUCCAAUCCCGGACUAAAAGAAUGAUUCCGAGCGACGGUGGAUAAGUACGACGCAGUAAUUAAUUUGUCAAACAAUUUCAGCACACCGCUCGGAACGUCUGCAAUGAAAGCGAAAAAAAAAAUAAACCAGCGGUUGCCUUUUUACUCGAUAAAGCAGGUAAAUCAAGACGACUGGAAAUGGAACGCAGGAAACGACAGUGUGAAAUUAUAUUCGCGCGCACAAAUUAUCGACACAAAGUGCAAAGAAGCGGCGAAAGCGGUUUCAAUCUAAUCUCUUUUCUUUUCGGUGUCACAGUCACAGCAUCAAGAAAAAAAAUCAAUUCAAAUCAAAUCGAACCGAAUCGAAGUGAAGUGAAGUGUAUUAUCCAUCAGCAGAAGAAAAGGAAACGAAAAGAAGCCGAAACGGUGGAUUUUUCGAAACUAAUUUAUUGUGUGUGUACUGAUUCGUAAUUUAAAAUGCCAAUUUAAGUUAAUGCCUAGAGUUUAGUGAUGAUGAAAAGAAAACUUUUGAAUAAAGAUAGUUAAGCAAUAUGAACGAAAGAAA